ACGCCUCCUGUCUGUCCCGAUCCGGCGCGCUGAAGGUGAAGUGGCCCGUCUCUGUCGCCGUCUUCUCCCGCAUCAAAGUCACCGGCUUUGCCCUGAGCCAUGUCCGUAUUCAGCGACGUCCCGCAGGCGCCUCCCGUCGUGGUCUUCAAGCUCACCGCGGACUUCAAGGACGACGGCCACCCGCAGAAGGUGAACCUGGGAGUUGGAGCUUACCGUACAGAUGACUGCCAGCCGUGGGUGCUGCCUGUGGUGAAGAAGGUGGAGCGGCUGAUUGUGGAGGACUGCGGCCUGAACCACGAGUACCUGCCCAUCCUCGGUCUGCCAGAGUUCCGCUCCGCUGCCUCCAAGGUCGCUCUGGGAGAAGACAGCCCCGCCAUCAAGGAGAACAGGGUUGGGGCGGUCCAGGCUCUGGGUGGAACUGGUGCGUUGAGGAUUGGGGCAGACUUCCUGCGGCGCUGGUACAAUGGCACCAACAACCGAGCUACACCUGUCUACGUCUCUGCACCCACCUGGGAAAACCACAACGGUGUGUUCACGGACGCUGGCUUCACAGACAUCCGGCCCUACCACUACUGGGAUGCUGCUAAGAGGGGCCUGGACCUCAGCGGGCUGCUGGAUGACCUGGAGAAAGCACCAGAACACUCCAUCUUCGUCCUGCACGCCUGCGCACACAACCCCACCGGCACUGACCCAACCCAGGAGCAGUGGAAGAAGAUCGCAGAGAUCAUGAAGAGGAGGAAGCUGUUCGUGUUCUUUGACUCGGCCUAUCAGGGCUUCGCCUCCGGCAGUCUGGAUAAGGACGCCUGGGCCAUCCGCUAUUUUGCCUCUGAAGGAUUUGAGCUCUUCAUUGCUCAGUCCUUCUCCAAAAACUUUGGCCUGUACAAUGAGCGAGUGGGGAACCUGACGAUUGUUGCUAAGGACAGCGACAACCUGUCCCGCACUCUGUCUCAGAUGGAGAAGAUAGUCAGGACCACCUGGUCCAACCCACCAUCUCAGGGAGCCCGUAUCGUCAGCAAGACCCUCAACAGCCCUGAGCUGUUCGCUGAGUGGAAGGGCAAUGUGAAGACUAUGGCCGACCGCGUUCUGCUGAUGAGGGAUCAGCUGAAGACGAAGCUGCUGGCUCUGGGCACCCCGGGCACCUGGGACCACAUCACUGAGCAGAUCGGCAUGUUCAGCUUCACUGGCCUGAACCCCAAACAGGUCGAGUACAUGAUCAAGGAGAAGCAUGUGUACCUGAUGGCCAGCGGUCGCAUCAACAUGUGCGGUCUGACCACCAAGAACAUCGACUACGUCGCUCAGUCCAUCCACGAAGCCGUCACCACUGUCCAGUAAAGGCGGCCUCUUUCUCCGCCCACUUCCUGUCUCCUAUAGUCCCCAGGAAGUAUCUCCACACUCCCGCCCUGACGUAUCCUGUCCCCUGAUUGGGUAAACUGCAGGAGCAGUCUAGCCAAUGUUCUCACCAAAUCUAAACCUUCUGGGGAAUGCAAUGACAUAAGGACAUCACUUGAACGCACACAGGCAGGCACGGCUCUGUAAACUAGAAAAUAUUUUGUGAUGGUUCCUGUGUUUGUAGAAUAUCUGCCUCUGUGCUUUCUGGUCACAAAACGCACACAUGCUUCACAGCAGCCAGAGAAUUAUUAGAAAAAGUAUAUGUGCUUCCUCUCGACUUAGAGCACUUAAGAAGAGCACACGUGAUGUGUCUCAACAUUGAACAAAAUACAGAAACAGAUGUAAAUAGAUUAAAUUGAUAGACUUCCCGCAGCUUCAGAGCGCUGAGCUCCUGCCUUAACGUGUGCAAAGCAUUUCACACUCCUCCCACCACUGCAGCACAAUCCUGGAUGAAACUGUUCUCGUCUCGAAUAGACUGUUCAUGUUCACAAGUAAAACGCACAACUCCUUCCAGAAUAUUUCAUGUUUUAGAUCUGAAGGCCAUUGAAGGUUGAAUGUUUGUCAUCUCAGUCGUGACCUGGUGAAAAGUUUGCCUUUUCACAGCUGCUUAGAAAAGCCUGAUUCAGCCAACAGUGAACAAAAACAGGCUGCUUCUGCGGUUUGUUGUUUUCCUCCUGUUACAGGACGCCUCUGAACUUAGAGCCUGCCACCUGUGAGCUGCAGACACACUCCUCUUAUACUGUAUGUGGUGUUUGUAACAACACAGCAAUGUGAAAUAAACGGUGAACCAGA